UUGAUUCGACUGUUGGAUACCCGCGUGAAAGCUACUCUCCCGCAAAGGUGGUAAAGUUUCAUUUAGGGUACAACUGGUGGGUAGUUCACGGCGGUCGUGCACGUAAUACUCGAAAACGAUAAAGUGAAUAGUGAAACAUCACAAGUCUUCAAACACAUCCGAUCAAAGUCAAAUUUGUGGUUAUUACGAGGACGAUAUUCUUGUUCUUAAUUAAAGAAGUGCAUUCACGAUGUUGUUGCAGGCUUACGUAACAAAUGUUUUGGCAAUCGCUAUUGUCUUCUUUCGAAUUUUGGCGCUCGCAACGCCGGAGGCAGUAGCAGAAGCAGCAGUCAGGACAAAAUGGCCACACAAGACUUCCAGUGUUCCAACAAUCGACCACCGUAACUACGAGAAACCCAAACCUAAACCCAAACAUAAGCCGCACUGGACACACAAAGAUCAACUGGAAUGGCCUCAGAAGUUUCCUACGUGCGGUGGAAGACAACAGUCUCCGAUCAACAUUCACCCAAAAUCCACUGUGCUGGAAGCGUUUCCUAGUAUAAAAUUUCACAACUACGGGUUGAUUGAUAACCUGGAAUUCGUCAAUAACGGACACACCGCUGCUGUCAAUCUGCCCAAGGACUUUCCCAAACACAAGACGCCUAGCAUUACCGGUGGAGGGUUGAAUGGCACUUAUGCGUUCGUUCAAAUCCACAUGCACUGGGGUUCCGACUCUUCUAAAGGAAGCGAACAUGUCAUCAAAUCGCAAAGCUAUCCUAUUGAGCUACAUCUCGUUCAUUAUAACACAAAGUAUGGAUCGUUCGCCGAAGCCAGUAAAUACGCACGAGACGGCCUGGCCGUUUUAACAGUCUUGGCUACGGUAUCACCCAGUGAUAGUAAAGCUUUUCAGCCAAUGGUUGACCAACUCGGAGAGAUCGUGCAUAACGGUGACGAAACGAUUUUAAGGUCACCUGUUGCGCUCAAUCGUAUACUACCCAGGCGGACAUCAUCGUUCUAUCGCUACUUUGGCUCUUUGACCACACCCGACUGCCAGGAAAUCGUCACGUGGACCGUUUUUGAUAACAUGAUUGAAAUUUCAGAAAGACAGUUGACCGCGUUCAGAAUGAUAAAAGACGAGGUUGGAGAACCAAUGGUUAACAACUUCCGUACGCCACAGCCUUUGAACGAACGCACCGUAUUUUACAGAUCGUUCACUGGGUGCGAAAUCUCUCGUUCGUUGUCCGAUAAUGAAUCGCCCGUAUCCGAAGCUUUGAAAUGGAGCAAAUGCUUGAUGAGCUACGCUUUCAAUUCGAUUUUACCUUCAUCCUAAACACGUUCAUUAAUAUAUAUAUAUUAUAUUUAAAUUUGUAAUGUGACGUUGGUCGGUCGUGGUGAGUAUCAGACUUUAGUGGGGUAACAUCACCAUCUCAAUAGCAAAGAUUUCGAAAUAACAUGUUUUCUAAUUUAUUCGAGAAUCCUUAACGUAAGUGAAUAUUUAAAGAAAUUUAUACAGAAGUUUUUUUUUUCUGACGAGCACAUCCCUUUUGGCCUUUAUAUUUUUUCUUGCACAACUGAGACAUUCUGGCUUUGAGGCAACAGUAUCACAUAGACCUUUUACGACAUGCAUGCCAUAUUUUCAACUCAAAGUCAGUAAUGGGUCUCCAAAUAGUCUGGCGUCUUAAGUUCUCCUUUGUUUCUUGCAUCUUUAUGUAUUUUACAACCCUUGACCAAAUAGAUUGUGAGACAUUCUAAUGUUA